UCCCCUUUUUCAAAUCAAAAGCCCAAACCCUUCCGCCAUCACUCUUUUCUCUACCCCACUGCUCCAGUUCUGCGUAUAUAUAUACACUGUACCGCUUAGUUAUAUAUACAUUUUCCCUUGAUUUUAUUGAUUCAUCGGAAGCGAAAAUGUCGCUGAGACCGAGUGCGAGGACGGAGGUUCGUCGGAACCGGUAUAAGGUAGCCGUGGAUGCGGAGGAAGGAAGGCGUAGGAGAGAGGAUAACAUGGUUGAGAUUCGUAAGAAUAGGAGAGAGGAAAGCUUGCAGAAGAAGCGACGUGAAGGUCUUCAGCCGGAUCAGCUACAUAAUGUUCCUGUUCAGACAGCCUCUGGCGAAAAGUUAGAGAUGAUACCACAAUUGGUUGCAGGUGUUUGGGGCGAAGAUGGCAAUGUACAGCUUGAGGCUACUUCUUAUUUCAGAAAAAUGCUCUCAAUCGAAAGGAGUCCCCCAAUAGCGGAAGUAAUUCAAGCUGGUGUAGUUCCUCGUUUUGUUCAAUUUCUAAUGAGAGAUGACUUUCCACAGCUUCAGUUUGAGGCAGCUUGGGCUCUCACAAAUAUUGCAUCUGGAACAUCUGAGCAUACAAAGGUGGUAAUUGAUUCUGGUGCAGUCCCAAGUUUUGUGAAACUUCUUGGUUCUCCUAGCGAUGAUGUCCGAGAGCAGGCUGUGUGGGCUCUAGGAAAUGUUGCUGGUGAUUCACCAAAAUGCCGUGAUCUAGUCCUUAGCUGUGGUGCUUUGGCUCCCUUGUUGGCCCAAUUUAACCCAAAUGCCAAGCUAUCUAUGCUGAGAAAUGCCACUUGGACACUUUCAAAUUUCUGUAGAGGGAAGCCACAACCUUCUUUUGAUCAGACAAGGCCUGCUCUUCCAGCUCUUCAACAGCUAAUACAUUCGACCGAUGAAGAAGUUUUAACUGAUGCAUGCUGGGCACUCUCAUAUCUUUCCGAUGGUACAAAUGAUAAAAUUCAAGCUGUUAUUGAUUCUGGAGUAUGUCCCCGACUGGUUGAGUUGUUAGGUCAUCCUUCUCCAUCGGUGCUGAUUCCUGCUCUAAGGACAGUUGGAAAUAUUGUCACCGGAGAUGAUAUGCAAACUCAGUGUAUCAUCAAUCAUCAGGCUUUGCCCUGUCUCUUGGUCUUGUUGAAUGGUAAUCACAAGAAAAGUAUAAAGAAGGAAGCUUGUUGGACAAUUUCAAACAUUACAGCUGGCAACAAGGAGCAAAUUCAGUGUGUAAUUGAGGCUGGUGUUUUUGGUCCUCUUGUUAAUUUGCUUCAAAAUGCGGAGUUUGAGAUUAAAAAAGAGGCUGCAUGGGCAAUCUCCAAUGCCACAUCUGGUGGUACUAAUGAACAGAUCAAAUACCUUGUAAGUCAAGGUUGUAUCAAACCACUCUGUGAUCUCCUAGUUUGUCCUGACCCGAGGAUUGUCACAGUUUGUCUUGAAGGGCUUGAAAAUAUUUUGAAGGUUGGCGAUGUUGAGAAUUUGGGUGAGGCAGGAAAUAUAAACGUGUAUGCUCAAAUGAUUGAUGAUGCAGACGGUAUAGAAAAAAUAGAGAAUCUUCAAAGUCAUGACAAUCAAGAGAUUUAUGAAAAGGCUGUGAAGAUUCUUGAGACAUACUGGUUGGAAGAAGAUGAUGAGACCAUGCCACCUGGUGAUGCGACCCACCAGGGUUUCCAGUUUGGAGGUGGGAAUGUCUCUGUACCAUCAGGUGGAUUCAACUUCAACUGAAAGGAUUUUUCGGGUGACGCAAUACCUCUACAAGUGAACUGAUUCUGCUGGCUCCAGUUUAGGUUUUGCAUAGCUGAAGGGCUUGCGUAGGAGCAGUAUCAGUGUCCAUUCAAUGUAUUUUCUAUGAAGGAUCCUCAAAUAUUCUAAUUGCCUAUUUCACCUUCGAAAGCAAUUGUUGGGAAUUUUGCUACGUUCCCUAAAAUUCUUUGUUCACCCGACUUAAAUGAUUUAUUGACAUCAUAUCUUCUUGGUGUUGAAUUUAAUUGCUUAGAUCUUAGUGUUAUAUUCCUUGUCUGUUUCGAUGAUGAAAGUUAGUAGCAUUAUUACAUACUUCCAUUGAAUGCAUCAA